AUGCAUAAGAAGCAGAGCGAGGCGGGAAGCAGAAGCCCGGAACUAGCCCGUGUCUGGCUCCAUGCCCAUUAUUACGAUACACCGGACAUCCUCGUGAGCGACUACUUUGAACUCCCGGGCCAUCGCCAUGAUAGGGGGGCGAGUGCUGGACGGGGUUUGCUGUGGACUGUGUCGGGACAUCAGCACAUGGACCUACGAGAGAGGCUCGCUCAUCUUCGUAAGCGCGACAUCAACGGCCUUAUGGGUAGCCGAGCCGCGGGUGCAGGGGUCGAUGCCGGCUGGAGAGGCGAGCACGCUGAGCGAACUCGGCCGGUCUCGUCGAGUGUCGCCUCUUUCGACCCUUGGUAUAAGAGGGCAGACAAUAUUACCAGAAAUGCCAUCGCGGCUAUUAAUAGGCUACUUAGGUUUUUCUUUUCCGAAGACUCAUGUUACAUAGGACAUCAAAUAUAUGAAUGCUCGUUCAGCUUGAGAAAUCUCACUACCAUAUCAGUACUCGAGGUGAAGAAACUAUGUUCGGACUAG